GGAGUCCGCCCUCAGGCUUAGCUUGGGACAGGCUCCGCCCUCGGGGUCCCGGGCUGUGGGGAGGGGCUGUCAGACAGCUCGCCCGGCUCUGCCCUCCUGGCUGAAACGACCCGCCGGGGAGAUCCCAGGAUCUGCUGGCUAUGGGUAACGGCCCCGCCUUUGGGCCACCCUAUCACCUUAGCUUGGGGGAACCAUUCUCUCCACCCCCAUCGGCCCCACAAUUUGGUUGCCUCGUCACCUCAACCAGGACAGGGUCUCAGCCUACCCACCUCUCUAGAGAUGGCCGCCCCUUCCCCCUCAGUUCUGGAAGAUGUCCGUUUCAUACAAUCGUCCCCGAAGAGUAACCGGCCGUAUCCUCGUUGGCCUCUUUGGGGUGAUCACUUCAUUCCCUUUGCCCCUCCCCCUGGCGGUGGGAAGCAGACUGCCCCCUUCAAUCAAUUCCAGGCACAGUCGCUGAAUUACUUCACCGAAGACAGGCCUGCUCCCCACUCCCUAGGCCCCUAGUGAUGGCUGCCCCUACCUCCUUCACCCCAUGGGAUGUUUGCGCCUUUUCCUUAGCCUGGAGCAAGAGCACUCUGUCGCCAUUGGCCAGAGACGGAGAACAGGUUUUGUUGCCAGUGGUCUCUUGGGAUGGUCUCUCCAUCCCUUUUGCCUUGAGAGUUGGCAGCCCCCUCCUGCUGUCCGUGAGAGGCAAGUCACCCUUUACUCAUUGGCCCUGGAACGGUGGUCCUUCUCCUUAGCAAGAAUAAGACAGCUCCCACUCCGCUGACUCCCCUGCCAUGGCAUCCUUUAUCUCCUGGGCUCCAGAGGAUGUUUGUUCCAUCUCCAUAGAUCCUAGGAAUGACCAGUUUUAUCUCUAGUAGCCCCUUAGGAUGGGGUUCAUGGGAUGGCCUCUUCAUCCUUAUCACUGCCUCUUCUUCCCUCUAGAAAAGCUACCCCCUUCUCAGUUCAAAGAAUCAUGCUCCCUCCCCUCAGAGAGGACAGGUGUACUGCCCUCUCCCUUUGCUUUUUGGGUUGGUUGCUGAGCCCCAGAAGACAGGAUGGCCACUGUCUUAACUUGGCUCAGAUAGGCUUCCCUGCCUUCCCCUGGGAUUGGGGGCUUAGUCAGUCCCAAUCUCAUGAGUGUUCUCUUCCCCAUGCCUAGCCUUCCUGGCCUAGAAGGCUGUUCUCCCCAGUCCCCAGUACUUCUCUCAGGUAAAGUGAUCUGCUUUAUCUCCCCAUCCCUUCCCUUAGCAAACCUUUGGUGAAAAUAGAGGUAGAGGGCUUUGGUGAAAAUAGAGAUAUAGGACUGUCCAUCUUUAGUUCAAUCCAGUAAGUAUUGGCUGAGUACCUUCUGGUGCUAGGAAUCAAAGAAAGGAAGAAGAGAUUAGAAUUCACUGGUGAGGUCAAGGUUAAGGAAGGGCAUUCCAGGAAAGAGACCCACAUAGGCAAAAAGUAAUAGGCAUGCUAUGUUUAUAGGACAGUGGGGAGACUGAACUGGGGAAGCUCUGGAAUCAGGGAUCCGGUCAGGCAUAGGGCCUGGCAGUGCUGACCCAAGAGUGGAGAUUUUGUCCUCAGGGCAUUAGGGUACCCUGCAGGUUUUCAUCAGGGAUAUCCUAAGACUGAAUGCUGUUUUUUUUUUUAGGAAAGUUAACCUUGUUGCAGUGUGCAGAAUGACUAGCAAGGAUGAGCCUGGAGGCAGGUGGGAGAUUGUAGAAGCGCCCCACGUCUGGGGUAAUGAAGAUCUGGGCUGCUGAGGUUCUAAAGUUUCAGUGGUAAAAAUAUUAGUAGCAGCAAUCCAGCAACCAUUUAUGGAACAUCUACUAGUUGUCAAGCACAUUAUAUCUAUUAAAUAUAUGUAUAUAUACCUGUAUAUAUGUAUAUGGUAUGGAAACUGAAGCUGAGAGAAGUCAAUUACCUUGCCUGAGGCCACAUAAGUCACAGAGCUCAGAAGCAGUAGAGUGGGGAUUUGAAUGAGUCUAAGUUAGCCUGGCCUAAAGCUUGUGCUGUACACCUGUAUCUGACAGCAAGGGACAGAAGAGCACAAAGAGUUCAAAGUAUCAAGAUCUUCAGGUGAGAUGCACUGUUGGCAUUGAAGUUCAGAUACUGGAAAGUUGGGAAUAAGGGAUGCUUUAGACUGAGAAUAUGAAUUUUGGUUGAGAUAAAGGUGAUAGUAAAACAUUUAGAUGAAGGAUCCUGUGGACAAUUGGCAACACUGGACCAGCACAUGAAUGAUGAGACAAUAGGGGGAUAUUGAAUUGUUGGUUAUUCCUGUAGAGGUAACCGUUGAAGCCAUGCAAACAAAUUUAUUAUCCUUGGAAAUAAACCUCAGAUUGAAAGACCCAGGUCUGAACCCUGGGUGCCACAGAAGAAUCCGGAAACAGGGCAAUUGGAGUGGUGAGUGGAGCCCUGGAAAACACAGUGUCACAAUGGUCCAGGAGAGAAGAUUCCAGAAGGAAAGAAUAGUUAAUAUUAGAUCAUUCCUGUCCUCACAGGCGACUCCAUUCCCGGUCCCUUAUAGGGCCUCCAGCCUCACAGAGCAUGUUUGGAGUGACGGCCUGAGCACCUGGGCUGGGUCCUGCUGGGAUCAUAGCUUAACAGCCAGCUGAGAAAGCAGGUUGGCAGUGGAGAAGAUGGGGAAAGAGGGAAGACCCAGAGCCUGACCCGUGAUGGCAGGUGGAUGGGGUGUGGCUUCUGAAGAUCAGAGGAGGAGAUCUGACUUGCUGUGUCUGAGGUCCUAUGCCGGACCCUUUACUACGUUACUUGAUGCUCACCAUAACCCAUUUAGAUCUCACUACAUUUGCCAUUUUACAGAUUAGAAAAACAAGACUCAGAGAGGUCAGGUGAUAGAUAAGCAAUUGAACUAGGUUUAUCUAGUCCCAGUGCCCAGGCUCUUUUUACCAAACUGAGUGGGAAGUUUGCUUUUUAUCAAUCAAUACAAACCUGCAUCCAGGCGGGGCUCAGGAAUGGUUUGUUCACAGGAAAGAUCCUUAGAGGCUGGAGAGGGGAAGUGAAGAUCCCAUGAAGCUUAAGAUUAAAGACGAACUAGAAGCCAGUAUGCCAGUCCCCUCAGACCUACUAUUCUACCAGGUGGAGAAGGUUCCAAAGGCCCCCAGUUCUUACAGUUUCCAAUGUCCUGUCUUUUUCCCUCAGAUGCUCACAUAUAUUCUGAGCUUCCUGCCUCUGUCAGAUCAGAAAGAGGCCUCCCUCGUGAGUCAGGCUUGGUACUGUGCAGCCCAGAAUGCUCUUCGGGAGACCAAUGUGCAGUACAACAUCCCUGUGUCCUCUGCCUCCCUCCCGGCCAUCAAGAGCCUGGGCCUCAGGGGCAUCACCUGCAUCAGCCUGACCAACCUGGAUGACUCACCAGCUUCGCAUGAGGUGCUGGAGUGUGUUGCCUACCACUUGGGCCCGCAUCUGCAGAGCUUGUGCCUCAGUGGGGGCAGCCCCUCGGAGGCCGCCUUUGUGGCCCUGAUCCUAGGCUGCCCAGCCCUGCGUAUCCUUGACCUCAGUGGCUGCAACAGCCUCUUCACAUCGGGCAUGCUACUAGCUCAGCCCGAGACGGCACAGCGGGUCCAGCAAGUGUUGAGUGGCCUCUGUGAGCUCAACUUGGCUGGCCUGUGGGACCUGACCAACCUCAGCUUCAACCGGCUCAGCAGCUGUGCCCCCAGCUUGGAGCGCCUCUCCUUGGCCUACUGUCACCUCACCUUUGAAUUAGGCCCAGCCUGGGGCUCCCUUGGCCCCCAAGACUCCUCCCCCUCCCAACUCUCCUUCCACAACCUGCUGCGGUUCGUGAAGGAAAGGGCUGGUAGGCUGCAUGCCCUGGACCUGAGUGGCACUGGCUUGCUCCCUGAGGUCCUGCAGGCCCUGGGUCAGGUGGCCGGGCUGCAGCUGCAGGAACUGAGCCUGCAUGGCUGCCAGGACCUCUCCACAGAGGCUGUGGCUGCCCUUUGCCGCCUGCAAUCGGGCCUGAUCUCCCUGGACCUCGGUGGCUGCUCAGGACUGGCUGACAGGGCACUCGUGGCCAUAAGCCGGGGCCUGGGGCACCUGCAGCACCUCAGCCUGAGGAAGCUGCAGCGGCUGACAGACGCAGGAUGUACGGCCCUGGGGGGCCUGCAGGAGCUGCAGAGCUUGGACCUGGCAGAGUGCUGCCUGGUGAGUGGGUGGGGCCUGGCUCAGGCCCUGGGUUCAGGGCACAGAGCUCCAGCCCCACUGGCCUCCCUCAGCCUGGCCUACUGCACCUCACUCAAGGAUGCCUCAGUGCUCUCCCUGAUCUCAGUGCUGAGCCCAAGCCUCAGGGUGCUAGACUUAUCUUCCUGUGUGGCCCUCACCAACAGGACCCUGCAGGCCAUCUGUGCCUACCUAACCCACCUCUCAGUCCUGCGCCUGGCCUGGUGCAAGGAGCUCCGAGACUGGGGACUUCUGGGGCUGGGGGAACCAAGUGAAGAGCCUACACAGGAGCCCCAGGACCAUUUGAGGGCCAAAUUCAGGAGGAACCUGAGAAGCAGGAGCCUCUUCCCACAGCUACAUCAAGAGUUGGAGCAUCAGGCGUCAGGCCCCAAAGAGCCUCCCCAGCCACAGGGCCCUUCCCUGCUCAUGCUGCGGGCCUUGCAGGAGUUGGACCUCACAGCCUGCAUCAAGCUAACUGAUGCCAGUUUGGCCAAGGUGCUCCGGUUCCCCCAGCUGAGGCAACUGUCACUGAACCUGUUGCCAGCACUCACAGACAAGGGUUUGGUGGCUGUGGCCAAGGGCUGCCCCAGCCUGGAGCACUUGGUGCUGAGUCACUGCAGCCUCCUCAGUGAUGAGGGCUAGGCCCAGGCAGCCAGCUCCUGGCCGAGGCUGCGGCACCUCAACCUAUCCAGCUGCAGUCAGCUCACAGAGCAGUGAGUUGUCUGAUGAUGCCACAAGUCAGUACAGGGGCUGGGCUGGGUCCCCAUGCCAGGUCAGGCACUCACUGGAGGCCUCCCCACAGAACUCUGGAUACCAUUGGGCAGGCGUGCAAGCAGCUCCGGAUGUUAGAUGUGUCCAUGUGCCCUGGUAUCAGCAUGGCUGCCAUCAGGCACUUCCAAGCCCAACUGCCCCAGGUGGCCUGCAUCCAGUCCCGCUUCGUGGGAGGGGCUGACCUGAUCUUGACGCUCUAGGGGCAGGUCAGUAACCAACCCUUUGGCUCAGCCUCCAUUGCCCUGAGUCCCCAGCCCUGACCUCUUGACCUGCAGUUUGACCGAAUGCCUCCUACCCUCCUCUGCCGCAUACCCCAAGCUACAAACUCCUUUUCUAGGACUGGGGAUAGAACUAAUCCGGGGCAGCACAAGGGGCUUCCUGCUCCAGUCUGCCCUACAGCCCAGCAAGCGCCUCUUCCAGCUAUAGGCUGCUGCCACAGGCCCAUAGAAAUGCCAGCUCCUGCUCUUCUGACCAGGCCUAGGUCCGGAGGCCAGGCCCACAGGUGGGAUGCCUGUGAUGUUGGGGAGGAGCUGACCUUGUGCCGCUUGCCCUGCCCACUUCUCACACCGAAGGCCUGUGCCUCACCUUGUUCCCUAUAAGGAGCUCUCCCAGCCCUUACCAGCACGGAGUUUUAGCAGCCAAGCCACAGACUUUGUUGUAAACUCAAACAAGAUUAAAAAUUCCAGAUCUUACCUCCUUGUCUGAAGUUCUCAGGCUAAAGGGCUCCCUCCCCUCCCUACCUCAGUUGAAGCAGCCCAGCCUAGCCCAGGGACAAUGUGGACAAAACACCAGAGGCACAUAGACAAUUUCUUCCUUACACCUGACCUAAAGCACCACAGGCACCACCAGCAAGUCCUAACUUCUUCCCCAACAUGGUUGGAGACUAGAAGCCUGGAGGCCUCUCCCAGCAUGAGCCUCCAAGCAUGUCUUGCAGGAAAGGCACAUCCCAGACAGACCCGAGGAGCACAAUGAUUAAGGAUGCAGUGGUCUUCAGAAAGAAAAAAAGAGAGAGGACAUCCGGAUCUCUGGCUUGGAAGGGUCAUUAGAGGGCAUCUAGUCCAACCUCCUAAACAGUGCCAGUGACUUCUCAACAGCAGUUCUGAGAAGCCACUUGGCCCUUCAUGUGUCCACCCACACUUUGUCCAUCUAUCCAUCAGUUCUAGGAACAGCUAGCAUGGCUGCCUGAGUGCCUGCAGCACUGUACUUUAUGUGGGGAUUCAGAGGUGCCAAAGCUUUCCCAGCGCCCCAGUCAUUGGGGGAGGCAAAUUAGCCAACAGACAAGGACAGUCCAGUGUGCAGGGCAUGCAUAAAUAGAGAAGCACCUGUAACUGGGAGCCCAGGGGAGCAAUGAACAUACCCUGGGAGAUCAAGGAAAGACUCAAGGCAGUGAAAAGCGAGCAGAAGGGAAGGAAGAGGGCAAUCAGAAAGGACCAGGGAAAUGCACAGUGCAGGCCAGAGCUGGCACUGGGGAGGAAAGGGCGGGUCUCACAGGAUGCAGGGAGGAUGCCAGCUUGGAUCAAGCACAGAGAACUCUGCAAGGCACAGGCCUUUUAUUAGAUGGCAUAAACCACGUGUCUGCAGCCCAUCUUAGCUCAACUCUGCUCAGUUGGGAAACUGUGACCAUCAUCCCAUGGACAACAGGGAGGCACUGAAAAAUACAGGUUGGGGGUAGUGUGCAUGUGAGUGUAUAAUCAGAUCAACUUCAUGUUUGAGAAAGACUUGGGGUAUUGAGGACCAGAGGAGCAAGGCAGGAAGUCAGGAGAUUCUUGCCAAGAUGUUGGUGGCCUGGACAAAGGAGUGGAGACAUUGGGGAGGAGGAACUGAUGCUAUUAGAAGGCUUAACUGCAUCUGGGAUCCUGACCUCGAUUUCCAUUUUGAACUCAAUAGCAAGUUGAACUAUUCCAACUGUGGUGGGAAGUCUCUGAAUGUAGGAGUGGGCAUGUUGGGCCCUGGAGGCCUGAGUCAGAAGCAGGUGGUCUCCCAGCACAUUCUCCAAAGAGAUGCCAUUUCAUCAGUUUUCAAGGUAACAUGUUGAUGGUCAAUACUGUUAAAAAGGUACUGAGAUGGUGUUGAGAAAUAGUGGUAGUGAGAGGCACGGAGAAGGUGAGAGUGGUGGCAGCUUUCAGCCUGCCCUGUGGGUUGGUGUGCUAGCCUCUAAGAUUGACCUCCAGCUGGACCCAAUACCCCUCACCACUUUCUGUCCCCAGUGGUCUUGCCUGUCCGUGGCCACCACCACACCCUGCUGCUGCAGUGGAUUUGAAUCAGAAUGCAAGGCUUGCACUGAAUUCCCUCAUCAGAAUCAACACAUCCUUCCACCACCAGGGGACAGGUUUGAAAUCUUGAGUUUGCCCUUCAGCACAAAGCAGACCCAGCUUCACAUCUAUUCCUUCAUGCCUCUCACCAGAGGGCCUCGAAAAGGACAAAGAGCAGGGCCAACCAGGACCUGAGGACUGAGUUCAAACUGUUAGGAGCCUUUUAGAAACAUGGCUUUCAGACUAGGCCCCUGCUCAUGUUGCCCAGGAAGGCAUCCACUUAGGACAACACCUUCUGCCUUGCCACAGGUCCCUCAACUGACCCCCCAGACCAUAGGCCAUCCCUCUCUGCAGGCCCAGCACUCAGGAAGGCUGAGGACUCAUCUUGUGGAAGGACAAUAGGUCCAGCUUGUCUCCAGCCUCCUGCAGAAUACCCUCAGCUACGGCUCCCCAGGUUUGUGGCCCCAAGCAGUGACCUUGACCUGAUGCCCCAUCUCAUUUGCCAGCUAAGCUUGAAGGCAGGCUUGGCCCACAGGUUCAGAACUGGCUCGACACAUACAUAAGAGCCAAGCAGACUUUAUUUCUGCUGCAGCCUCUGUUUGUCCGGAUGUCUGGGCUUUUCCACCCUCCACCCUUCAUGGUUGCCGCAGUGCCAGCAGCUGUGGCCCACGGCCAACCUCACUGUCAAGGUUCAGGGAUGCUGCAGUCAUAGCAGAAGUUGAAAUUGGUGGGGGGCGGGGGGAUGGGAGGUGGCUGCUCAGGAAUGGGCACAUUCUCCAGCUCCAACAACCGCAGCUUGGUCUCCAUCGUCAACAGCUGUUCCAGGUCCAGCCGAGUCUGCUCACUACCCAUGGGACUUCCCAGCAGGGCGCUCAGCCCAUCUGUCCACAGGUGGAACUGGGGACAGGGCCAGCUCUGUGAGGGCCUGCCCAUCUCUUCCCCGGCCCAUCUGCCCAACUCAGCUCAGCCUGGCCCAGACACUUACCUCCCGUUUGGAUGGGGCGAUGAAGUUGAGGUAUGCCUCCUCCUCCCCAUGGUCAUAGCUGACUGAGAAGGCUAACUCAUAGAGAUCCUGGGGAAGCCAGGGAGCUGAGAGCACUGAGCAGGGAACAGGGCAGGGCAGAUGUGGGUGGGAAGGAGCCCCUGUCUUCCACUACACUCACCUUGUUCUGCUUCCCUGAGCCUUUCUCCCGGACGUGGGGGCAGUCUUUGCCUGUUAGCAGUGCCUUGAUAUCAGCCACAGGGACUGCAGGAAGAAGGCUAGGCUGAUCACUGGGACCCAGGUGGUCCUGUGACAUGGUCUGGGGAGAGCAGGUGGCUGAUCCUGACCCUUGCCCCAUUCUUACGCUGCUCAGGUAGGCUCUCAGGGGUGGGUGGGCUGGAACCCUCCUCCACGUCCCCAUACUGCAGCACCUUGUGGUUAGGGGACAGGCAGCAGAACCACAACUUGUCUGUGGGUAGAAAGGGAAGAUGGAAAGAGUGACAAGAGGGUCCCUGACCCCAACCCAGCCACCCAGCCACUCUCUGCCCACCCUGCCCUCAACCACCCUGGCGUCGCCGGCUGCUGAUCUUGCGGAAGAGUGUCCCCUCACAGAGGCGGAGCAAACGCUGCUGGCGGAUCAGGCCCAUGAGUUCCGGCUUCAGCUUCUCCCGCAGCUCCCUGGUGGGGCAGGGUUGGGGAGGAGGUGCUUGGUGACUGGGACUGGGGCAAGGCCCAUGGGCACUAAGGAAGGUGGAGCCAGGAUGGGGAUCCACUCCCAUGUACUCACAGUAUGGGAGGGGCCAGUGUGCCCUCCUGAUGCAGCCGCUCUGUCUGUCUCAGCCGCAGGACCUCCCCGUAGGGGAGCGCAUUCACCUUGGUGCGGAAAAGCUCCAGGGAGCUGGGCUUCAAGGCCAGCGUGCGGGCCAGCUGCUCUCGCACCACUUGCAUGACCUGGAGUCACCAAUUCAGCUCAGUACUAUGCUCUGGACCCCUACUCAGAAGAGCCCCUGCCCUGGCUCAGGUCUCCUAGCUUCCACCCCACCCACCUUAUCAAAGUCCUCCUGGGUGGCCCGCAUCUCCUUCCAGGUCUUAUUAAGCAGCUGGAUGCUCACACAGAAGAGCUCAUGGAAACUCUGGUCUUGGCUGAAGAACAUGGGUGAAAAAUCCUGGGCUGUUUCGGAGCCUGGAGCAGGGGGGCAGGAGGGGCUCAGGGAGAAAGUCUGUGCAGCCCCUGGCCCUCUCUGCCCUUCCGUCCCCCGUUCCUGGACACGCUGUGCCCAGUCCACUCACAGGGCUCCCCAAUGUGGAGCAGCUCACACAGCAGCACAGUCAGCUGGAUGCUGCUCCGGGCAAAGGGGCACUCAUGCUUGUCCUCACGGCUGCUGUUCUCCAACACAAACUGGGGUAGUGGAAACAGAGAAUGGAAUAGAAGUCGCAGCUAAGGCAAUACAGACUCUGCUUAGGUGACAUCCUACUGUAUCCCUUCCACCAUAUCACUGACCCGGCUGUAAGCACUAGGUGCAUGUCUGGAGAAGUAAAGCAUGUUGUCCAGGGCCAACAGGCCGGGGGGCACUCGCUCUAGA